GUUCGGGUCACAACCAUGGAUGCAGAGCUGGAGUUUGCCAUCCUGCCCAGCACUACCGGCAAACAGCUCUUUGACCAGAUAGUGAAAACAAUUGGGCUGAGGGAGACCUGGUUCUUCGGACUUCAGUAUCAGGACAGUAAACGCUUUUCCACAUGGCUCAAGCUAAACAAGAGGGUGAUGGCGCAGGAUAUUAAGAGGGAGAAUCCUCUGCUGAUUAAGUUCAGGGCCAAGUUUUAUCCUGAGGACAUUGCCGACGAGCUGAUCCAGGAGGCAACUCAGCGUCUCUUCUUCCUGCAGGUGAAAGAGAGCAUCUUAAAUGAUGACAUCUACUGCCCACCUGAGACGGCAGUACUGCUGGCCUCUUAUGCGGUUCAAACCAAACAUGGGGACUACAGGAAAGACUAUCAUACACCAGGAUACCUUUCAAGGGAGAAGCUAUUGCCACAAAGAGUUUUGGAGCAGCACAAGCUGAACAAGGAUCAGUGGGAGCAGAGAAUCCAGGUGUGGCAUCAAGAGCACAAGGGGGUGCUUAGAGAAGAUGCCAUGGUGGAGUAUUUGAAGAUAGCCCAAGAUCUGGAGAUGUACGGGGUCAACUACUUCAGCAUCAAAAACAAGAAAGGAUCUGAGCUGUGGCUGGGGGUGGACGCACUGGGUCUCAACAUCUAUGAUAAGGCAGACAAGAUGACCCCAAAGAUCGGCUUCCCGUGGAGUGAGAUCAGAAAUAUCUCUUUCAAUGACAAGAAGUUUGUCAUCAAGCCAAUUGACAAGAAGGCUCCGGAUUUUGUUUUCUACGCCCCACGGCUCCGCAUCAACAAGCGCAUCCUGGCACUCUGCAUGGGGAAUCAUGACCUGUACAUGCGCAGACGUAAGCCCGACACCAUCGAGGUGCAGCAGAUGAAGGCCCAGGCCAGGGAGGAGAAGAGCAAAAGGCAGAUGGAGAGGGCUCUGCUCGAGAGUGAGAAGAAGAAGCGAGAAAAUGCCGAGAAGGAGACAGAGAAAAUUGCCCGUGAGACCAUGGAGCUGAUGGAGAGACUGAGACAAAUUGAGGAGCAGACAAAAAGAGCUCAAGAUGAGCUGGAGGAGCAGACCCACAGGGCUCUGGAGUUGGAAAAGGAGAGGACAAUUGCCCAGGAGGAGGCUGAACGAUUGGAGAAAGACCGCAAAGCCGCAGUGGAGGCAAAGGCAGCCCUGCUACAGCAAUCUGAGAACCAGCUGAAGAACCAGGAGAGCCUGGCCACUGAAUUGGCUGAGCUUACCUCUACAAUUUCCCAGCUGGAAGAUGCCAAGAGGAAAAAGGAUGAGGAGGCAAAGAGAUGGCAGAAAAGGGCAAUGGUAGUGGAGGUCGAUUUGGAGAGAACCAAAGAGGAGCUGAGGACUAAACUCGUCGGUGUCCACAUCCAGGACCCGGUUCACACGCACAUACACGAGCACGACGAGACGGACGAGAGCAGCGCGGAGGCGAGUGCGGAGCUGACAUCACCGGGCAUGGUGAGAGACCGCAGCGAGGAGGAGCGAGUCACGGAGGCCCAGAAGAACCAAAGGCUGCAGAAAAACCUCAAGUUCCUCAGUACGGAGCUGGCCGGUGCUGUAGACGACAGCAAGAAGACCCCGAACGACCUGAUCCACGCUGAGAACGUGAAGGCUGGCCGCGACAAAUACAAGACUCUCCGUCAGAUCCGCCAGGGCAACACCAAACAACGCAUUGAUGAAUUUGAGUCCAUGUGAGAGUCCUCCUGUCAUCUCCAGCACAAUGCAAAAAAAAUGUUAAAAAAAAAAUUUAAACAAAGAGAGAACAUAGCUGUAGAAAACGAGAGCGGAUUAUUACAUAUAGAAUAUAUAUCUCGUCUUAAAAUGUCCAAUAAUGGACUGUAUAUAUGCGGACAUGAUUUUAGAGCCAUAGCUGAUCGGGGUUGGGAUCUAUAAAAAGAGUUUCUGGAAUUGUUGGAAACAAUUUUAACACAAAAAGUUCACUAUAUGAUUUCACUGUAUGAAACACGCCUUCAUGAGAAGUAUAUCAGGGACCUUCUGUUAAGGAUGGAUGGAUGGAUGGAUGGAUGGAUUGCAAGGAAUUCCUUAAAAACAUGAUUCUGGCACUGAAACAUGAAAAUUAAAUAGAACAGAUCGAGAUUAACAUACCAAAUAAUGAUUGAUUUGACAAAUGAAAUCUUACUGAAUCCGGUUAAAUGAGAAGGGUGAUGUUCAAAGCAUGUGUUCUGUCCGGUUAAAUGCUAAUUCUGGUUGUCUUCUUUCAGAAAUAAAGUGUU